GCAUCCCCGCUCCUCCCGCCACAGCCAGAUCUAAGAUGCCCCGCUAUGAACUGGCUUUGAUCCUGAAAGCCAUGCAGAGGCCUGAGACUGCAGCAGUGCUGAAGCGCACUGUUGAGGCACUUAUGGAGAGAGGAGCCAUUGUGAGGAACCUAGAAAACCUGGGAGAAAGAUCUCUACCUUACAAAAUCUCCAAGCACAAGGAGCGCCACAGAAGAGGAGGGUAUUUUUUGAUAGACUUAGAGGGCCCACCUUCAAUUGUAUCGACCAUGAUGGAUCAUCUAGGACGUGAUAUCGACGUAAUUAGACGUGCUUUUAUAAAGCAUCCUGUGUCAAAGACAGAAGAAUGCAGUGGCAUAAUCCCGGAGAACCAAGCAGACAAACUACUUGCCAAGAAGUGAAUAUUCAAAACAGCUUGUUUGAAACUUUUUACAAAAUUUUUUAUUCCUGCUUUGGAAAACAAAUGUGAUAACUAAUGUCUAUCAAAAAGAAUCACUUUUUGCCAUUUUAUGUGUGUGGUAUAGUACCCCAUCUAAAGUUAUUGUAACGUAUAAGGUUUUGUUUUGCUUAAAAUAAUUUGAAUAGACUUAAUCUGCAUGCUUAUCUUGAUAUCUGACAACUCUGAAAAUGGAUUUUCCUUUCUCUUAGAGCGUUGCAUUGAUAAUGAAGAUUUAUCUGUCGUCAGAAUGCUAGAAAUAGCAUUCUUUUCCAAAGACAGAUUACUUCAGAAUACAUAUAUUUACACAAGAGAUUAAGCACUCUUCAGUGUAAAUAUGACAGUAUAGGAUGUGACUUGUUGGCGGAUUUUUGAUUUGUUGGAGACAGUUUUUCUUCUUGUUUCUGGAAAAAAGGUAAUAAAAGCGUGAUUAAAAAUAAAA